AUGGCACUACAAGGGAUUUUCUUCAGUUCUCCUCAACUACAAAAGCAAUAUAACGCAGGUAUGGCUUCAAAUCAGUUGUCGUUCUUCUCGGAAAUGUGAAUUACCAUGUGUUAUUUGCUGUUCAUUUAAAGAACAGCUGUGUUUCACGUCGAUAUGGGAGGUCUCAAUACACACCAACCCUUCGGCACUCACUCAACCGAGCGCUUAGACGUUUCUGUAUUAAUAACUUAAUCAGUAGGCUUGUUUAUCCGAUGUCAGUGGGUGCUCUUUCGCCCUGGAGUGCACGCCUUCACUUAACUAUAUGAUCGUGCGUGAUCUCAGAGUAAUGCCAAGUAACAUUUCGGUUACAUUGUGUAAAUACUUCCUCCGUUAAUAGGUGCUAACUAAUGCGGAUAGCUUAACGCGAUAAUGUCGAUAAUACUUUACCGCGAUAUAUUCCGUCGCAAAUUAAUAUUCGUCAGUUUUUAACAUUUUAAGUUCUGUUUUACGCUUCCGUGAUCGACUUUGGUUCAAGUCCACUUCAAACGAGCCCGGAUUUGAAGUGUAUAUGAUGUGUAUCAGCGUUUCACUGGACAUGUACCGACCGCGUUUGUGUCCCCCAGCAUUCAGUUUAUCAUGUAUCAAAUACUGUGUAUUAUCAUCAUCAAAAUCGUUCUUAAUGCGAUGUACAGACGAUAUUGUGUCUCAUUAACUUCUUGUAAAACAAAUAUUACUCCAGUUUUAGGCUUUUCUAAACUGAACAUGAUAGAAAAAGGGCGCAAGUUUCUAUGUUUCCCGCAAGGGUCAUUGAAUUAGUGACAGCUUCAAUAUUUCCUCGCUGACGGUCAAAGACAAAACGUGAUGAGCGAUUGUGGUUUUAAUUAACUCGAUGUACAUGAAUCUGUGCGUCAGUAUUGAUCUAUUGACAGGCCGCAAAGUAAAACAAACUAUCAAACUAAAUAUCCGGUACAAAGGAGCGAAAGCCUCCUCAAUUCGUUGAUCAGGUUGAUGCUAAUUCGUAUGUAGUGAAUAAUUGUUUAAUCAAAGCUUGUCCUUUUCUAGAGCUACCAUAAUAAGUCCUUUAAAUAUUGUCUUAGAUAAAUAACGCCGGCUUUCAACUGGCAAAAGAUCUUUUCAGAUGGGUUCACUCCUGUUUCAAUAGGGCCAUUUAGUCUAGUUUGGGAGCAAAGCAACUUUCCGAAAACUAUGAUAAAUGAUAAACUUGCCGCGGCUUCGUACUUCCAGGUCAGUAUGACACAAAAACAAAAGGAGGGAAGAAAACAAGGAAAACAUAGCACUCUUGGAGUUCUUUUGUCUACUGUAAGAUAUUUAGUAACAAAAGAAUUUUAAAACAAAACUCGCAGACGUUGGCGUGACUUGAAAUUUAAUGAAGGUAAACAUACUCGCAUGGGAAAUAUUUGUGCCGAAAAAAAAGACUAAUUGAAAAAGUUAACUUUGGUGAGAUUUCUUCACUGUCUGACUCUCAAUAUUUUGACUGUGUUUUAAACGCAAUUUUUCGCUCAUAAAUGGUUUGGAUUGUGCUUAAAGUACAAAAAAAUAAUAUUAAGAAAAAUAUAAAAUAUCUACAUCACGGAUAAAAUCAAUGUUAGUAGUCAUCUUAAGAUUUAGGCCCGAAUCGUCAACAGCCCGUAGUAACUUAGAACUUCUUACGGUCAGCAAACCGCAUUCACUAUUAAAGCAUCAAAAUACCUUUUGUUUCAAUAGCUGGAAUAUUUGAAUAACAAAAGGAAAGUUUCGAAACAAAUUACAAGAUCGAGAAGUUACACAGUUUGUUUGUGUUUACCAAGAAAAUGAAUGCAUUUACAAAAUAAUGCGACAUCGGGAAAGAAACUGACCCGUUCCCCGAACUCAUAUUGUUCAUAAAUUAAUAAACAAAAAGGUAGAACCUAGUUCGAAUGCCAGGCUUUUUGCAAAACUUAGUUUCAGCAACCUGAAUGGCAAGCCAUCCGAGCGUUAAUUCAGAUCACAAAACUUUGAGUGCGAUCAGGCGAAGCCUUCCUAAGUUAAUCAAAGUGUCUUUUAAGUCUUCUACGCCAGUCAUUUCGGUUACUUUUCGACAAACCAAUUAUUCUAGGAAUUUCGUUCGAUCGCACUAAAAUAAGCUGAGCACUGCAAGCUUUGCCAGGACGAGGCUGAUCGGAAUGAACCGUUGGAUGGCUUGCCAUUCAGAGAGUCGUUGCUAUGUGGUAUCCAUGCACGUGACCAAGUUCUGCAAAGGGGGCCUAUAUUGGCCUAUAGUGACGUCACGACGACCAUAUUGGUGUUCCUAAACAAUACCGAACGGCGACCAUACUGGUGUUCCAAGCCAGUCUUGUGGGAUUUAAACUAUGUACUGGCGCUUUCUUUUGUUCCAAUGAAUUUGCAUAGAUGUUGGCCACGUGAGAGAAAACACUCUAUUAAAACUUCGAAAAGUAACCAGAAAUUAUAUUGUCCAGAGCCUAAUGCAUAAUUAAUUAUCACGUAUAUUUGGCAAUUUCAGUAAUUUUCUAUAUCACUUCUUGUAAUUAAGUUCGGCGUGUGAAUAGACAGUCAUAGCUUGUUGUUUUGGUCAACCAAAAAUUGUUCUAACCAAUCACAAAAAGGAUGAAACAUGAUUGAAAGACUGUCACCUUGCAUAUAUUUUUCGGGUGGUUAUCUUUAGUUUAAGAGUUUCAAGGAGGGUUAAAUUGACAUCCUCAGAAUUUCUUUUGCAAUUUAUUAGUCAACCUUUAUUACCAAAAACUAAUUUAGCAGGUUUUUUUUUUUUUUAAAAAUCGCUGCAGAAAAAGAAGUCCAUGUUAGUAGGGUUUAUCUCCCGGCGUUUGACGGGAUCCGGGGGAUGGUGUAUAGAAAGUCUUGGUAAAAGCACUUCUGACUCUCAUACAUUUUCCCAAACAGCCACCUCAAAACAAGACCAGUACAAAGCCAACGGGAUCAUGAACAACGCUUUCUCUGAUUAUCCCGCCGAGCGCCCUCAUACCUCCUCAUUCAUAGGCAGCAAUUCAUCUGUGUUUGACCCACACCUCGAUCAAGACGUGUAUAACGCGAACCGGCCACCGAAAGCAUCAUAUUUGUACAAGGAAAAACCAGUUGAGCCCCCGUACGUUUACAGAAAUGAAGCGCCAAGACGCCCUACUACAAUCUCAACAAGUGCUAGUACAGUUGGCUUUUUGCCUCCCAAGAAGAAGCAGCGCAGCAUACGUGGAAAAACUUGUGUUCUUCUGUUAUUAUUGCUGUGCUUUAUUAUUCUGUCUAUUGUUAUGAUUGUGUUGUAUGCCAGAAAAAAUGAACAGGGAAACGCGGGCAAAACAAAUGGAAAUAGCCAGCCAGUGGUGAGUAAACAUGUUCUACUUUGUCGCACUUCUCACUGCGCAAGAUAUCGCCUCUAGUUAGAAAGUAGGCUGUGCCAGGCUCUUAGAGAGUACAGACGUCACGAAAACAGGGUCAGAUCAAGGGGAAAAAAGACUCACGUACUGCGGCCUGCGUAGCAAGCGUUCCCGUGCGGUUUCGGAGCAAAGAACGAGGAACAAGAGUCACAGACCGCACGAAAAAUGACGCGAAUAAAAGAGCGGGGAGGGGGUGGGGAAGAAAAGUAUGAAACAAACCAUUGAUCGACGCAUGUCAAUAUUGUUCGACUAGCCAAGCCAAACAGGCGCCCCGUUCGCUAUCGAGCGGGGUUUGCAAAAUCCUGGGGUUUGUCUGCAAGCGUUUCAUUCCUUCCCCACCCUCUGCCCUCUCUUUCAUUUUUCGACUCUCGAUUUAUUUUUCGUGCGUCUAAAACCGAAAACCCUGUUCCUCAGUCUUGCUUUGCUCCGAAACCAAACGGAAACGUUUGCUACGCAGGCUUGGACGUGCGUGAUAUUGGGAACGGGCGGGGGCGGGAGAAUAACGUCCUUUCUCUCCCAGCCCCUCACGCAUUUUCUGCGUUAGUGUUUGAUUGGCUAACUAUUACUUUUUUUCUGAACCUUCGUGGUGUCAUGUAUCAUGGCUGACUUGGCAGCUUUCAAGCUUUUUUUUCAAGCCAACCUAGUCCAUGGGCUCUUUUCUUUUUGACCUAGCUAACAUUAUUUUGUAAUGAAGAUGAUAUGAACUUUGGAAAUACAAAUUGAAAUGAAAUUUAAGCAAUUGCAAAUCAACCCGAAAAUAAUUUUCUGGGUAUCAACGGGAUUCAAACUCAGUCAUAACAUAGUUAAUAAAGUGAAAUGGGUAUGAAGCCCGACAAAGGUCUUUAUUACACGUUUUUAUUAGCUGUUUUAAACUUGACCGUGGACAACGUUCAAUAGCAUUCCUGAUCAUUUGGAACUUACUGACCGAUAUAACUCAUCGCACUCUUUUAUUCAGUCACAAUUUAAAAAAACAAAUAAAGGAUUGUGAACGUCAGAGAGCUUCCAACUAAACUGCGGCAACGAUUUUUUUUUUAUCUUUGAUAUUUGCCGGAUUUCAUAACCCGUCUCCUCUGCUAGCUGUGGUCACGGCCACUACUUAAGCGCGGCAGUGCUCUACCAACUGGGCCGACUAAUUUAUUCUGUUCAUUGUAACUCCUAAGAGUGAUGAAACAUAACAGUUAGUUCUGUGUCCUAUUGACAGACAGGUGUUCCACCUACAAAACAAAAGCUCGACUGCAGACCUCUUCCAAAACCAGUCGCUUUUAAUCCGCUGCCAGCAAAUGUAUUGAAGGAGUUGAGUUCUUUAGUGUCCUUAAUUAACGCAGAAGUGGUAAACGAAGGACCGGUAAGUCCUGUCUUGUUGUUAAUGGAUGUGUCUCUUUUUGUUUCAGUAAUUAAGGUAUUGUUAUUUUUUUUCCCUCUUACGCUCUUCAUGACAAGACAAGUCAGGUAAAGAGAGAAUAAUCUUGGCCAGUUUUAUUUCACUUUUCAUUGGUAAAACAAAAGUUCAUGACAAAAAGGGGCAUUAAGUAACCUUUAUUAGAGUGGCAUAUACACGCAGAAACUAUAAGUUGGGGGAGUUGGAGUAACCUGAAGAGUUUUCAAGGCCAACUCCCAAAAGUGAGAUGUAAAAUUCUAUUUACAACUAAAUAAAUUUAUGGUGAAAACAAUGUAACUUACCUCUACCCAGCCUGCCUAGUGGGCGGAAAUUGUUACUCUUGGGAGUGUGUCAGGUGACCGCGAGAAACUGAUUCAAAGCGUCUGCUCCCCAUUCUCUGCACGGUUUCGCAAAUCCUCUGCCAACGCGCGCUUUGCCGGCGGUAAUGAUGGAUCCUCCCGGCGAUGCUGGCAAACUCUACUAAGCUUUGUUCAAUCAAAAUGCAGCAAUGGGUAUUCACUCCCAGCUGCUGUUUCACACUGCAGUUUGAGGAUUCUUUCACUCAAACUUUCUUUCUACACUCAAACGUUAGAACUGAAUAACCAGUGGAUCCCUCCAUGACUCAGGCAUUCGGCCGUUGGGCUCCCUUCUUGAUCCCUUAAACCUCCUGAGUUUUAGUUUAUUCCACGUUUACCAGCCUUUGAAUUAUUUUAUAGCGCUUACAAAGUUUUUGAUUGCGGCCAGUGUUGAGGUAGUUGUCCCUUAGGGAUAAUGUACGCGCUAAUAACGAAUUUUGUAAUUGUAAUGAUUAGUUGUUUUAUGUACUUGUAGAAAGCUGUAAGCGUCAACAUUGUGUAUAUGGACAAGGUAAUUUGGCAAAGGGAGUUUGGGGUCAUGAACAACUCUGAAACCAUUAAGAGGAAACCAACAUCAAAAACUAUUUUUCCAAUAGCAAGUGUAUCCAAGGUCCUCACGGUAAGAUACGAGACAUCAUAGUUUUUUAUUUUUUUUUAUUUUACGAGAAAAAACCCCGCUUUUCUAUUGUUUCUGCAAAUGAUAAGCGAUAUUAAGGUUAUUUUGUAGCUAAAAGAUUAGUGGGUUUUUUAAUUUGGGUCCUGUUUAACCUGUUUGGUCAUCGAAAUAGGACAAUAUCACGAUCUGAAGUCAUUUUACUACAACUACCAGAAUCCUUCAGUUUGUUGUCUUCUUGUGCAAAUCAAGGCUAAUGUUUUUUAAACCUCAGUGGGACUGACUGAUUUCAAUAAUAAAGCAAAUUCUUAAUGUUGUCAUCGUGAAAAUACGGUAAAAUUCCGAAAAUAAGCCCCUCAAUGGAUAAGCCCCCCAAAAUCGUAACGCAAAAACCCCUCUGUUAAAUCCGCCCCUCCGAAUAUAAGCCCCCGGGGGGGCUUGUACUUGCAAUUUGCCCUCGAAUACACUACAAGCUGGCCGAGUCGAUUUUGAAAAGUAAAUUUCUCUCCGUACGUAAGACCCUGCAAAAAUAUGCCCCUCAAAAAGGGCCUUUGAAAAAUAUAAACCCCGGGGCUUAUUUUCGGAACUUUACGGUAGCUUAUUACCGUUUGACAGUGACGGGUUUAUGUAUCAGAUUCUCGCAAUAAUCCCUGUAAGUGGAAAAUUCCAGCUGUAACGGUUGAUUUCCAGUGUCGAGUAAUUUUACGUGUGUACUUGCGUAAAAUUUACGUUCGCAAAUAAAAUAGAGGCAAUGCAUGAAAGGUCGCUCGUAAGCGUAAAAGUUGAACCUCGCUCAACUUCUCGUUUAAGCUCAGUACUUUUUAUCUUGCCUCUAUUUUAUUUACGUGAUUAAAAUUUACGUGCUUUAAGAUGCGUAGCCAAAAGCGAGUCAGUGGAAAUCAACCUCAAGUGGAAAGAAUUGCGUGAAUAGUAACCCGUAAGAAGUAUUCGUUCAUUGACAGUCCCGCUUCUUGAUAGUCCCGGAACACACCGAUUUUAGACCCUAGGAUGUGUGAAAUAGUUAAAAUGGCCUGACACGAUGGCGAAAGAUGAUGUUCUCAGGCCCAGUUCAAACGUCGAUCUUUUCAUGUACCGAACCUAAUCCCUUCAAUUUUGUACAUGAAAAGAUCGACGUUUGAAUCAAUUAAUUUCGACAUAUCUAAUUUGGGUCGACCCAUGAAUUAAGAUCGAGUGGCCCACAUCUCAUGUGUCGAACCUAAUGCAUAAAUUACUAAAAAUAUAUAUUAUUUUUUGCUUGUAGGCAUUUCAGACCAUUGAACAUCGUAAAAAUGAAUUGAGUCCGACUAAUUAAGUUCAACGUCUGAAUCAACCGUCGAACUUAUAUCAUUUGGGUCGACCUAAAUAGAAAUUAAGUUAGGUACAUGAAAAGAUCGACGUUUGAACUUGGGAUUUAGACUAGUUCCUAAACCCUCAAUUAUGUCUAAGCGCUGGUUUUUCUUGAAAGUUUACUUUCGACCUUCAGUAAAGCUUGAAACAUACACCGUGGAAAAGGGAAAUCUGAAUGCAUAAAAAAAAAACAUUGUGCAUGGCUAAUGAAAGGUGCAUGUUUGAUUUUUUAGACGUUAAUGCUGUACAAUUUAUACAGUCAAGGGUCCGUUAGAUCUCUUGAUGAUCCGGUGACCAACUAUCAAUUUGACUUUUCUGUGAAAAAUCCUUUUAAUAACGCACCAAUUACUUUAAGGUGAGUCUACUUUGACAUAAGAAAGGAAGUGUAAUGUAAAGCAUCGUUAUUCGGCUGCUCUUUGAAUAGUUUUCGAAAUUUUCAAUCGUUUCAUUAGGAGAACUAUCUCGUUAAAAGUAUACUGGAACUUUUUACAUCAUUCAGGAAAUGUUCAUCAUUUGUUUUGUCAGCCAAUGGAUGAAAAGAUCCAAACUUGGCCUCUUGGCCUCUUUGUUUUCCCGCCAAAGAAAACUGUAAUAUUGAGAAGGCAUUGUUCGAUUGGCCAAUCGUAUUGCAGUAUGAAGUCAAAGCGAAGUAUCGGUUAAAUUCCAGAAAGGUUUUAGGCAUGAAGUUUUUUUCACCCGAGCGUUCGUUCAACCAGCGAAAAGCUACCCUCGUUUGUACCCGUUCAAUAAACCAAUCAAAUCGCUCUAUUUCCGUUCGUUUGUUGUUUCUUUUUUCUUCGCGCGUUUUCAUUUCAAGGACAUGCGAAAAUCGCUCUAUCGUUCUGACUUUACAGACAGCUUGCAUCGCAUCGUUCAGGUCUACCAAGGGAGGCGCCAUGUUUUCCAGAUACAAAGGAUAAUCUCUGUCCUUAUACUCAAGAUCAGAUGAUACAAAGACUGAAGAAUACAACUCUACUAAAUGAACCUGGAAAAGAACCUCAGUACAGGUUGGCAAUCACGAUCAUUAUAUAGUGUCAACUGUUCCUCCCUCCCCACCCCCCGCCCCUCUCCCGUCUCCUCCCCUCUUUUUCGCCAUUAUCAUAACGCAAGUAUUUUGGAAUUUGUAUAGUAGCCACUCGGAGGACUUUAUGACUCUUUCCUUGGCACCAAAUUAAAUCAGUAACUUUAUACUCACUAAACACGGCCUACAACACCGUUCAUAUAAGUGCAAACAAUACAACAAUCACUUGCGUUCUUUGUGAACUCUUUUUUUCAACAAAAUUCAUGUUCACUUUUAAUUGAAACAAUGUAUGUCACGUAAACUUAAAUUUCGAGAUAAAAUCUGCUUUCUUUCUCAACCUCCAGAACCUAAAAUCCCAUUUGUACGACUACUAUAACAUCUACUGAAUUCGACCGACUCAUUUUGGUCUGGAUACAGAACUGCGAAAAAUGAUCAAUAAUAUCAGAAAUAAUGUUUCCGCUAGUAAGGAGUUUGUCAGGAUUGUUAACAAUCAACGUAGCAGAAGUUCUAUGAACGCGCGUAGGUUGGUCCACUGUUGGAAUAAGAUAACAGCUUUGCAGAGAGAGUAAAAAAUCCUCGCUUAUUUGAGAUGAUUCACACUUGAGUAGAUCUAUAUUAAAAUCACCCAUGAUAUAAACGUCCUUGUCCCCUGACUCCACGAUUUUAAUGUUGAAUUGAUAACUGUACGCUUCUGAGGCUUCGAUAGAUUUCCUAAUAUGAUUGGCAAGACUGAUUGAAAUUUCGUUAACUCUUGAGUCGAGCCCCUGAAUUUGCCUCUCAGCUUCCACUUUGAAGCGGAUGAAGUCGCCAUAUUGGCUUGACAUAAAUUCAAUUGAAUGCGCUUUUCCUGGUGACAAUUCCUUUUUCGCGUGUCGGCCAUGUUAAUUUUUGACAGGUCGUCGGUAACUUUCUGUAGUUUGUUCUUUAAUUCUUCAAUUUCGUUACACAAAGCUUGAUUUUGCUUUCGAAAACAUACCUAUAUGGCUUGUAUAAAAGAGAACCCCCGGGGUAUGAAUUGAGAGACAAACUUAUCCAGAACCCGGGGGGGGGGGGAUACUGCCAUAUAUGAGUUUUAUAGGUAUGUGCCGCUGUGAAGGGUAUGGUUUUCAAGCAGUUUACUCUAGGAUAGGGUAUAUAAAUCAGAGCGUUUGGGUAUAGAAUAGGGUAUCAUUUUUCAGAAAACUGAUCAGUUAGUUGAAGAUUUUAUCUAGACUAGGGAAACAGCUACUCUAGGAUAGGGGGGAUUUGGGGAGUCUACUCUAGUAUAGAGUAGCAAAAUUCAGCUGAACUAGCUCUGGUAUAGGUUACGGGUUCCAGGGUCCCAGCGGCACAUUCCCGCCCAGAAAUUCCUAAAGUACCCCCACCCCCCCGGUCUCCAGAAUAAGUACCCCGUGGAUCUUUGAAAAUAAGCUGUGAUUUCUUUUCUUUUCUUUUCUUUUUCGAUCUUUUUCUUUUUUAACAUCUUAUUAUUUAAUAUGUAUUCAAAGAAUCAAGAAUUUAAUUUGUGCCUUUUGCAGUACUGUGGGCUCUGUAAAUACUGUAAUACUAUACAAUAAAAGUUAACUUGUCAAGUAAAUUAUAAAAUAAAGUUCAUUGUUGUUGAAGUUGUUGCCUGCAUUGAGCAGUGAUAUAGUUACGAUGGAAACUGAAAUGAGCUGUGGUUCAAUUGAAAAUAUCCUUGAUCCGCAUUGGCUUGAAGUUACAGCCCCCGUUUUGAUCAAAUGAUAACACUGGGGCGGGACACCAAAAAAACGAGGUUGAUUGAAAACGAAAAUAACGAAACUUUUCCUUCUUAGUAACCUGGGUUUUGCACUACUCGGCCGAGUACUGGGUACAAGGUUUGGCAGAAUUGGUGGCGGAUUUGAAGAAUGGAUGAGAGACAAUUUGUUAGUCACCCUUGGAAUGACAGAUACAACCUUCAAUUUGGAUGCGAGGUAGGAUUUUCCAGAUAUGAUUUACAGUAAUCUAUGAUGAAAAAUCCUUUUUAACAAAUUAAAUAAUAACACCGUAACAUUUGAAUCAGAAAGCAUGUCUUGUGAUUCCUUUAACAAUGCGUUUUAGUUUACAAGUGCAGCCAUUGUUUUGGACUCUGAAGACAAUAGCUACACUCGUAAAUUACACUUGUAAAAGUUUUAUUAAAUUGACCCCAGCAUGUAAAAAUCAUGAAUUGGAAACAAUUCUGAAGGAACGUGUAAGCUUUUUCUUGUGAAAUAAUGUGUUAUUGAGCACUUAAUUUGCUACUUACUAACGAAGGGCGAUCCCUCCCGAACGAAAUUCCAUGAUAAAACCCUUUCCCCAAAUUUCUAUCUAGCAUGGUUAACCGAAUUUCGCUGAUGUUGUCUGGAAAGGUGUCCCUUUUGAUGUCUUCGAAGAACUGAAAAGGAUACGCAAAUUGCAUGACGACUUUACUACCCACCUCCAUAAUUUAGGCUGCCGGGAUUCGAACCCUGACCCUCAACUGGGAAGGGUGUCAGUAAAAGGCGGGUUCAAUGUCGCGAUCGGGAUCGGGAUCGGGAUCGGAAUUGGGGUCUAUCUUUUUUUAAAAGAAUGCUGUUUUAGUGUUAGGGUUGACUCUAACCCUAACCCUAACCCUAAAAAAGCAUUCUUUAAAAAAAAGAUAGACCCCAGCAUCGGCCCCGACCCCGACCCCAACCCUGCGUUACUGGGAGCUGGUCAUUAAUUAAAUUUUGUAACUGCAUAAGUUGUGCCUUCAACUGCGAAGAUCUUCUCUGCAUUCAUUUCUUCACUCCGCAGUUCCAACAUUGUUCUGAUAUAUGAAAUUCAUAUACACGUUAUUUCAUCCACAAUUUAGUCUGAAUUUUUUGACUUCAAAUGACAAUGACUACGACAUGAUUUAUUUUUUAAAAUUUGCUAUAAUGUUAUGUUAUCUAAAUCAAAUCUAAAUCUAAGGUCAUCAUAUACUAAAUUGAUAACACCUUAUUUUUCGUUUCCAUUUUUUCAGUCUUAAGCAGCGUAUUCCAGUUGGCUACUUAAGCAAGAAAGGAGAAUUCCACCGUGUUCUAGAAUGGGGCUGGUUAAAUCCAGGCGGUGGUGCAUUCUCCACUGUAGCAGAUCUAGCUAAGGUGAAAAACCAAAGAGUGUGUGGGACUCCGAUAUGAAAAGGAUGGGGGUGGGGGUAUUCGUCUGAAAAUUAUUACUACACCCCUAAAGGACACCAAACUGGGUGUGAAUCACGCUAAAUCAGGCUAAAUUAGACCCCAAAGGAAACCAUGCACAAUAUGACGGGAUUUGGUUUUGUAUAAAGAUUUUUUCUUCGCAAGUGAAAGGUUUAAAACCAAAAGUCUGACAUUUCAGGAAGGUGGGACAUGAUCGUCUCGGUGAGUGUAGUUCUGAAUAAGACUGUUGUUGGAAGUUGCUCAGACGUUUCGACAACCUGUUCGGUAAUGCAUCUUCAAAGUCAAAGUGAGUUGCAUCUCGUCAGUUGAUGGUAUUAAACUCUGGUUACUGACCUGAUUGGUUGAAUUAAGUAUUGGUCAAUUAUCGGUCGUCUGUGAGUUAAGCUGUGAUGUUAUUGGCUAUGAAUGUCACGGGUUAACUGACAGACGAGCUAUAACUACAUCGCGACCUAAUAUACCAGUCCGGUCAAUAACCUGUCCGAGUUUAACUGACGUGAUACAACUCGAUGCUCUAAAGAUGACUACCGCACAGGUUGUCGAAACGCCAUUUACUGCCAACAACAGUCCUAUUCUGGACUAAGUUCACCCGGACGAUCAUGCUCAACCCACUUAUGAGAUCUUCUUUACUCACAACCCUAAACCAGCGGUAACCGUAUGGGUAAAAAUGUUAACUUUCCGCCCUUAACACCCUAAAUGAGACCAACCCCAACGUAACCAUCAAUUUUAUCUGUGAGUCCCCCCUUCCGCGGAGGCAAGACAUCAGUGUUUCCCUCGUUCUUUUAUUUUUACACCCUGGUGAAAAAUUUGCGCGUGGAUAUGAUAUGUUGCCCUAAAUUCAAUUACGUUACCAUGUAUUCGGCACGGAGGUUUCUGCAACAAGAUAAGAGGCAUUUUAAAUUGUACUUUAAUAUAAGCCAGGACAUUUAAAAUUUCACAGAGUUCGUGCACGGACAGGACUGAACCCUCCUCAUCGGGGCCAGCCAUUUCCCUCGUGCAGUAAUCAGCUCCUGUCUUGUCGUGUUACUAGGGGGUAACAAUUUGAGAAAUUUAAGUAUUAAUUUGUUUUAUUUUUGCAUGCUCACUUUCAGCUGGAGAUAGCUCUUUUCAGAGAAGGAUCAAGCAACAGAUAUCUGCCUAGAGGGUAUACGGAUUCAUUUUUUGCGCCAGGUACUGAACUGAUGAUCUACCUGUUAGUAGCUAAGCCAUCUGUACAUUUUUACAUUUCAUUAGCUAUGUUGACUGAUUGGUUAACUUCGUAUAUCUAUUUCUUUACUUUAGGUUACAUUCUUCCAGAUGGAAAAGGUGAUGUUGUUGGAACGCCAUGGGAAAUGAAAAUACUCGAUGACAUGGUUAUAAGACAGAAAAGCGGCUACAUUUAUGGCUAUGAUUCAAUUGUUUCAAUACUUCCAGAGAUGAAAGUUGGUAAGGAUCCUUAAUAUUCUGUACAACCCACAUCUUGUGCUCUGAGUGCGCUCGCAAAGCUACCGUGUAUGGCUUGAAUUACACAAGCCUUAAAAGACACAGUACACAGUAGAGAGCUUAAGCAUCGAGACUCACUGAGCUCCCGGACAUCAUGAAUAGCAACCGGAAGGUGGAUGCUUCACUUAAUGGAACGCUUCUGUCUGACCAACGAAUCUGAAUUCCCUUAAUAGAACCCCCGUUGUACGAAUUUGUCGAGUUAGAGCAUUGAAAGAGAGAUCGAAAAUGUUAACUUCCGGUUGUCAUUUUUGCCGUUCCGGACGUCAAGGUUCUUGUCGCGUAAGGUCUCUUAUUCCCCACAACAAGUUUGUCCCCAGGGCCUUUCCCUUAGGUAAACUUUUUCCGCCCCUCCCAUUUUCUAAGGCAAAAGUCCUCAGGACGAGGUCGCUCUUGAGUUGCAGUAAAUUAAAUUUCAGACUAUCUAAUUUUUUUGUUCGCCGAAGACCUCUAAGCCAAUCAAAGCGGAGUAGAUUGCUAGCAAUUAUGGUCCAGAAAAGCAAAUUUUCAGGCAAAAAAAAACCUUGGAUGCUAGGAGUAGGAACCCUACCUAUAAGUGCUACCUAUAUAGUGCCGUGUGGAGACGUUUGCGAACAAAGGAAUAUCGUUGGAAAGCAAAUCACAGAAAUUGUAAGACGGUCUGUCACGUUUAGAACAUGAAAAAGGUCGGGGCUCUUUGAAGGUUUGCAGAUGCUAAACCAAGAGCAGUUCCACCUAAUCAAGCGAAACGCGCGAGAUACGACCACGCGCAUAACUGAAGGCGCGAAAUGGGAGAGGUGUGAAAUGGUUUUGACGGAUUGUUGAUAGUUUGUUAUCAACGAUUCAAGCAUCAGCAACGCACAAUUCAUUUGCUCUGGCUAUGGGAGAAGUAUAUUCUUUUUCUUCUCGGGCUGCCUCCCUUGUUUCUCGUGUCUCAAGGCGUGCACUCCCCUCACUAUUCUAGAUGUGAAGAAAACGAGAGACUGCUCGCAAUACACGUAGAUGCACGCAUAUCACUUAUAUUUAGGAAUCCUGACAUUGCCGCUUCUUUUCAUGAUAUAAGAGGUCUAAUAGUUAAACGUCAAUUACUGAGAACAAAUGAAGUAACUAUGAUUAGUUUCAGACUAGUUUAGUAACUGUGAGUUUACACAUAAUGAAGACAUGUACAUUCAGGGAAGCAAAUAGUCUUGGGGUGUAAUAAAUGCAAAGAAGAUAAUUGCAAAGAAGAUAAUCGCAAAGAAGAUGAUCUUCAACAUAUGAAAUCAUUUCGUCUUCAUCUUUCCCUAUUACAAACCAAUUUAAUGACCAUCUCCCAGUUAGCUUGCUACCACCGGUAUCGCAGAGGUCAUGUUUCAAUUUUUAGCCAACCUGAAUUUUCAGGCUUUCUUUUCGCAACUGCAUAAGAUGCGAUUCUAACUGGGAUGAUCUUCUUUGCAUUUUUUUCUUCAUCCCGUGGCUCCAAUACAUGUAUUCAUAUUAUCAUCAUUAUUCACGGUGCACUCGCGCUGUUGGUGGAUUACAUUUUCGACUUCUACUUACUUUUCUGUAGCGAUGAACAUCUUGUGUACAAACUGCGGAGAACUCGCCAAUGAAGUGAGAAGCACUUUUACCACCAAGAUCCUCCCCGCAUUUAAGGAAGCUCUGACUAAUGUCCAAAUGCAGGUGCGUAGCUUCUCUUUUAUGGACUGAGGGAGAGCUUAAGUUGAAAAGAGAGAGGAUCUCACUCGGAUUCUCUUUCCCUUCUCUCUAUAGCUUGAGAAUGACAGCCGCCAUUUCGCGACGCCACUGGUGGUUUCUCCACGAAAUAACGUAUGAAAAACGAGCGCAGAAAUUCCAUUUUGAUGGCGUGUCACUACCCAGAUAUGGGUAGUGCUUAUGCAGAUUUGCAGCCAAUGAGAAGCAUUUGCGCUUUUUCAGGAGCCCAUCAAAUGGAGCCCCCAUUUCCCAUACAAGCCCUUGGAAUCAACCCUUUCCCGAGUAGAUUUAUAAUUAGAACGGUUCCCAGGGGAGACUUCGCGCACCGACGGUGGGAAGAGCCAAUCACAACGACGAAAUGACACUGCUAUUGUACUUCAUCAAACGACAGGAAAUUCGGUGUUGACAGGCCAAACACAAUCAUAAGCUAGUGAAACGUAACCUGCGAUCAGGAAACGUGACUUAAGCGUUCAGAGAUUUUCUUUCUUUUCUUUCUAGCCGGUAGAUUAUACUGUGGAGAGUUUUAAACUCUGACUAUGUUAAUCUUUAUUUUGGCUGCUUGUCUCACUUUAAGAGACCAUGAAGCUGGUCUGUUAGAUGCAUAAUGAUUAACUACUACCUGCAGUCUGUAAUUCUGACAGGAUUCGUUUUCUUUACCCAAUUUUUGUAAGCGUUAAGGUUAUUAUUUCGGCUAAAUGACUCAAUAUUAAUCAAAUUUCUAGUUUUUCAAGUUUUUUUUUUCCGAAAUCCGUUUAUCUGAAAAAAUACUUGUAGUCCUUGUGGUUGUUUUGUCCGUCAGCUAGUGUGAUGAUUCCCUGCUAUGUUUUGUAACGCCGGGCCCAGCCAUUGUUUUCUCACAAAAAAGUGAUCUACAGAUGCGAAUUCGAAGGAAAGAACUGAGCCUAAACUUCUACAUCAACUGCUGAGAAUUGUCCUGUCAGUCAAUCAUAAUUAUUUUGUCGCAGAUACAAUCCAUUUUGUUUUUCUUGAGACAAGUGGGUCUUUGGACUGGAGCGCGAUGUCACAAAUUCCUCCCUAGCAAAUUACUUUUCAGUUAGCUUCACGGUCGAGCAACUUUUCUCUUCUGUUCAACUUUUCAAGUGCCAGUUUUAUCAGGCAACUCUCAUGGUGAUGCAAGUCAGUUGUAGAGGAAGACUGCAAUUUCUCAAAUUUCGGAAAUAAAGCAUUCCUCGUUAGUUGCUACUUAGGUCAUCGCUUUUGCACGCGGUGCUUAACUGGCGAAAUCCACUCCACGGUGAUGACAAAAAUCAAAUGAUGAUCCUGGCACUUUUUCGGCGCUGAUCAUCGAAAAGUUCCAAAUCGUCNUAGUGUGAUGAUUCCCUGCUAUGUUUUGUAACGCCGGGCCCAGCCAUUGUUUUCUCACAAAAAAGUGAUCUACAGAUGCGAAUUCGAAGGAAAGAACUGAGCCUAAACUUCUACAUCAACUGCUGAGAAUUGUCCUGUCAGUCAAUCAUAAUUAUUUUGUCGCAGAUACAAUCCAUUUUGUUUUUCUUGAGACAAGUGGGUCUUUGGACUGGAGCGCGAUGUCACAAAUUCCUCCCUAGCAAAUUACUUUUCAGUUAGCUUCACGGUCGAGCAACUUUUCUCUUCUGUUCAACUUUUCAAGUGCCAGUUUUAUCAGGCAACUCUCAUGGUGAUGCAAGUCAGUUGUAGAGGAAGACUGCAAUUUCUCAAAUUUCGGAAAUAAAGCAUUCCUCGUUAGUUGCUACUUAGGUCAUCGCUUUUGCACGCGGUGCUUAACUGGCGAAAUCCACUCCACGGUGAUGACAAAAAUCAAAUGAUGAUCCUGGCACUUUUUCGGCGCUGAUCAUCGAAAAGUUCCAAAUCGUCCACAGAACGCUGAAUCGUCGACUCUUUUCGAAGUGCAUGCUUACAUGUUGAAUAUAUGACGACAUAUAAAAACACUCGCAAAGAUAACUUUCAGUGAUCCUCAGUUCGCUGCCUUUGUCCCAUCGCUUCAUGCUCAGUCUCAUUCGGGUAAUUCAUUAACUUUUAUUUCAUGAUACCCAGAUCUCAGCGGCUGUAAAAUCAUAAAAAUGGACGUAUAGUAAAAAGGAAAACGGUCGAAGGAUGGGCUUCUGAGUUCGACUUCAUCCAAACUUUUUUCACGAUGACAUACGAGGCUCACGGAAAUAUGACACUUUUCCCGGGAAACAAGCCGUUCUAUUUAUAAAUCUACUCGGGAAAGGGUUGACUCAAGAAAUUAAUGGAGAUGGAGGCUCCAUCUGGCUUUUUCAAAUAAUCCACAAAAGCAUAGCCAUCACGCAGAUAUAAGAAACAAAAAUAAUAACGCUAAGAAUUGCGCAAGGACUCACUUAAAGACGAUUAGCACUACCCAGAUCUGGGUAGCUAGAGUUGCACGUCAACAGUAUGGACCUUCUGCGCUCGAUCGUUUCUCAGACGGCAUUUCGCGGGAAACCACCGUUGGUGUAAGAGUCGCAAAAUGUCGCCUGUUUUCUCAGGCUAUUGCAUUUGUCUCUUGUGUAGAAUUGACACUUAGCUCCUUAUGAAACCCGUACUGCACUCGAAGGCAUUACUAUAGGCUUGAUCUCCGCCGCUCUCUCGGUCCUCCUCCGCGGGAGAAGCGCGGGCUCAUUUCCCGAACAGCGGCUGGUAAUCGAGCCUAGCAUUGUGAUAGCAUCACACAAAACGUCAUCACGGGGAGACGACUCGAGCAUUGAGUUGGUUUAUCUGGUAUGUAUAGCCUUCAUCCGGGCAGAUAGCUGCUUCCUUCUGCCAAAUGGUAGCCAAUGCGCAGGCUCAAAUAUGAAACUUUCCCGUGACUUCAAACUAUCCCUGAAGAAUUACGCCAGGGCUCUUAAAGACGAUUAGAUAUGUACAGUCACCACUUAACUUGUAUCGCUGAAACAAAGUGGUACAGGCAGAAAGAAGUUAAGGGAAGAGGCCGAUCAUAUUCCACCUAUAUCGGUCCUUUUACUUUUGUGUUUAAUCCAAAUUUAAAAUGUUGUAAUGUUUUUCAUCUUAUAUUUUAUCCAGAAAAUUGUGAACCCUCCCGAUACAAAGCCAUUUCUUGGAGUUUUCCUNACGUCAUCACGGGGAGACGACUCGAGCAUUGAGUUGGUUUAUCUGGUAUGUAUAGCCUUCAUCCGGGCAGAUAGCUGCUUCCUUCUGCCAAAUGGUAGCCAAUGCGCAGGCUCAAAUAUGAAACUUUCCCGUGACUUCAAACUAUCCCUGAAGAAUUACGCCAGGGCUCUUAAAGACGAUUAGAUAUGUACAGUCACCACUUAACUUGUAUCGCUGAAACAAAGUGGUACAGGCAGAAAGAAGUUAAGGGAAGAGGCCGAUCAUAUUCCACCUAUAUCGGUCCUUUUACUUUUGUGUUUAAUCCAAAUUUAAAAUGUUGUAAUGUUUUUCAUCUUAUAUUUUAUCCAGAAAAUUGUGAACCCUCCCGAUACAAAGCCAUUUCUUGGAGUUUUCCUGGUUGAGGGAAUCCCUAUUAUAAAUCAUAUGGAAGCAAAGAUAAAGGACGGACACAUCCAUCUUCUUCUCAACGGCCUCCUCGAUUAUUUCAUUUUAAACUACACACAGCCAGAAACAUUCAAAAUCAUUAUCCCAGCAAAUCUUCCUUGCGACACUACCUUUACUCUUGGAGUAAAUCAAGACCUUGUCGUGUACGAUAGUCCUUCGAAGGUGGAUGGGCUAUCUGACAGAUUUACAAUGUAUGGCGCACAUCCAAGUGGAAGAACGUACUUUUACAGAAAUCGGACGUCUAGCUCUACGUGA